GCGAGCAAAGCACGGCACACCACCGCGCUUCGCACCCGAACGUAUCGACUCGUUUUUCCCCGAAGCAGGAGCGCGUGGCACACGCGCGGGCACCAGUCCCUUACUUGCAGUUCAACGCACACGACCGCUCGUCGUCGCACCGGUUCUUGACACUCGAGAAUUAAUUCGCUGAACAUGGCAAAGAGGAACGCAACCCGGAACUCCGGCAAGCGCACUCCGCAGAAGGCGUCGUCACUCGCAGUCAACACAUCGAAGAAGAUGGACCGCAACAGUGUCGUCGCUGGGAAGAAGGUCUCACGAGCCCGGCGCGAAAAAUCGUCACAGGUCACCGCCGAGCGCUCCGCCGGGCUGAAGAGGUCCGCCGAUGGGCCCACUCGCCCCGCAACCGCGACGGCCGGUUUCACCGAUUCGACAAUCACUUCCCCAGCGAAGAAAAUCCGGAGCAAGCGCGACAAGCAAGCGCGCGCUUCCCCCCGACGCAACGACGUCAAGGACGAAAACGCCAAGAAGCUGAACGACAAGCUCAAUAGCAAGCUCAACACCGUCACGAACGGCCGCGUCGCCAAGAAGAAGGCACGCCGCGUUCGCUUCAAGACCGCCCCGGGGGCCCCGAUCAACUCCACGCAGAAGAUCAUCCACCACUACAACAACCGCCGGAGGAACCGCGUCGUGCCCGCGUCGUCGCUCGCGUCACCGCGGCUGAGCCGACACGCCGCCGCCGUCGCCGUCGAGCGACUCCUCGAGGGACAGAUCGACGUCUACGGCACGCACCUGCCGGUUCGAAGGUCCGCGCGGCUCACGCCGUCGAGGGCGUCGAGCCCCGCGCGUUCGAUGAUCUUCUCGCCGAUGCGGGGCGAGUGCGAAGCGACACCCGGGAGGGAGGAAUGGUACGCGGAUAACCUCCCGGCGGAGGUGUUCGCGGUUGCCGGAGGAGGGACACAAAGAAGAGAGGAGGAGUACGACGAGUGGGUCGACGGCGCGGCGGCGACGCCGACGCCGCGACCCGAGUACCUCACGUCGCCGCGGGUCCAGUGGACGCCGCGAUCUCCGGCACCCCACCGCGGAGCGGUUGCGUGACGAGCAGACGCGAACGACGAGCGACUGUACAUUAAGAUUAGCCGCAUCUCGGGCGCCGUGUUAAUCUUUAGAAAAGCAAGAAAAAGAGCGCCCGCUUGAAAGACAAGAGAUCUACUGUAUCACAUC